GCGUUUUAGCGUUGUGAAGUGAUGUGAGUAAGAGUAUAAUCGUUCUUCAAUAAACAAGUUUUUUUUAAUUAUUUAUUUUUUCAUUUAAUUUCCCCCGACAUUAAGUGAGAGUUCAAUCAACUUUGAACUCGAUUAUUAGCGCAGGGUCACGCGAAAUGAUACACUAAUGAGGAAGUGUCAUUUGGGAAAUAAAUUACUCUUGUAUAAUUUUUACGAACUGAAGAUAUCACAAAAUUUAUGAGCUCAUGCAAUUGAUCUAAAUAAUUGUUAAUGAACUUAAAAUUUUCGAGAGGAAAUUAUAAUUGCAUUGGAAGGAAAUAUGACCAACCUUUUUCGAAGGAUUUUUGUUUCAACGUCCAGAUGCUUUUCAACCGCGAAUAAAAUUAAAAUAGUAGAAGGAACAAAUGGAGAACAAAUUAUUUGUUCUCCUUGCGAGGAUGCAUCAUAUCCAGAAGUAACGCUUCCAGAAUACGUUUGGAGAAAUGUUAACAACUACAGCAAUAGAGUUGCAUUGGAAUGUGGUGUAACUGGUAGAAAAUAUACGUAUGGUGAAGCUAGAGAUAAUUCGAAUUAUAUAGCAAGAAGUUUGGUAAAAUUAGGUAUAAAAAGUGGAGAGAUUGUAGCGAUUAUAUUACCAAAUUUACCAGAAACUCCAAUUGCAUUCCUUGCUUGUUUAGAAGCAGAUGCUAUUGUAACAACUGUCAAUCCUAAUUACACUGUCAGUGAAAUAGCAAAACAGAUUUCUACCUCAGGAGCAAAAGCCAUUAUCACUUGCACUGAAAUUGCGGCUAAUGUUGCAACAGCUGUCACAUCUAUUUGGCCGCCUGAUGCGCCAUUUAUUGUUGUUGAUGAUGGCACACAAACAAUACCUUCAGGUGCUAUAAAAUUUAACGACCUGAUAAUAAAAGGAAAGUCUCUGCCACAAGUUCCUCCUCCGUCGAGAUUACCGAAUGAUGUUGCAGUUUUACCUUAUUCAAGUGGCACAACAGGUCUUCCAAAAGGCGUCAUGCUUUCUCACUUAAACUUGGUGGCCAAUAUGGAAAUGUACGAUAAAACAGUUGGUGAUGGUUUUUUUCUGAUAAGAGACAGCGGACAAGAAAUUGUUCCAAGUGUGCUGCCAAUGUUUCACAUAUUUGGUAUGAAUUGCGUUAUGUUUCCAAGAAUUGCUGAAGGAUCGAAGUUAGUCACGAUACCAAAGUUCACACCUGAAUCUUUCGUUUCUGUUUUAGAAAGUCAUAAGGUAACUGCAUUAGUUUUGGUUCCACCUAUUUUUCUAUUCCUCUCGUCAUCUCAACUCGUAAAAAAGCAUCAUCUGGAAAAUGUAAAUUUUAUAUUAAGUGGUGCUGCUCCCCUCAGUAACACCGACGUUGCAAGAUUAGUUGAUAGAUUUCAAAUGCCAUUCAAGUGUAGUCAAGGCUACGGUUUAACGGAAUCCUCGCCAGUAGCGUUUUUGGAAAAAUCUGGAGAAAACCCUGCUAGUAUUGGAAACCCGAUUAGCAGUUGUCGAGCUCGGCUUGUUGAUCUCGAAACCAAAAAGGAUAUAACUGAAUCAGGAAAGUCUGGUGAACUGUGGAUCGCUGGACCACAUAUUAUGAAAGGGUAUUACAAAAAUGAAAAAGCUACACAGGAAACUAUGGAAAAUGGUUGGCUCAAAACUGGCGAUGUAGCUUAUUAUGAUGAAAAUGGGGAUUUUUAUAUCUGUGAUAGAAUAAAAGAACUUAUUAAGGUCAAAGGAUUCCAGGUGGCUCCUGCAGAAUUAGAAGCAUUGUUGAGAACACAUCCUGCGGUUCAGGAAGCUGCAGUAAUUGGUGUUCCAGAUGCGAGAUCAGGAGAAGUACCAAAGGCUUUUGUUCAACUCAAAAAAGGUCAAAAAACCACCCAAGAAGAAAUUGAAAAUUAUAUGAAAGGAAAGGUUUCAGAUUUUAAGGAAUUGAAAGGCGGUGUUACUUUCUUGGAUGAAAUACCAAAAAAUACGACUGGAAAAAUUCUUCGCAUAAAACUAAAACAGGAGCAUGUGAAGUAAUGCGUUGUUGAAAAAUUGAACAAAAUUCAUCAAAUAGAACUGGUUAUUUUUAUAUUCUUUUGAUGAAUGCUCAACAGUGAUAUAUAUAUAUAUAUACAUAUGUAAGGUUGUAUUAACUAUUAGGUGUUUUUAUUAAAAACUUUUAUUGAGAGAUAUAUUUACACUUUUAUAUAAUUUUAUUGCAGAAUAUAAUGCGUGUAAUCAUAUUUGA